GGGGGAAUCUCCUCUCACUACCACUACCCCGACCCCCUAUACUACAAAAGAUUUGAACAUGGAUUCUGCUCAGAAAUACUGAUCAUAUCUACAUGUUCAAUGUCUGCAGGUUACUUCUGAAUGAAAGUACAAGUUACAGGUGUUGAAAAGUCUCCUCCAGUGCUUUGGAAGGCUGAAUGGACUAAUCAUGAAGAGCUUGAAGGCCAAGUUCCGGAAGAGUGAUACCAACGAGUGGAACAAAAAUGAUGACCGGCUGCUGCAAGCUGUGGAGAAUGGGGAUGCGGAGAAGGUGGCCUCACUGCUGGGCAAGAAGGGGGCCAGUGCCACCAAGCACGACAGCGAGGGCAAGACCGCUUUUCAUCUUGCUGCUGCAAAAGGACAUGUGGAAUGCCUCAGGGUCAUGGUUACACAUGGUGUGGAUGUGACAGCCCAAGAUACUACUGGACACAGUGCUUUACACCUUGCAGCCAAGAAUAGCCACCAAGAGUGCAUCAAGAAACUCCUUCAGUCUAAAUGUCCCGCUGAAAGUAUUGACAGCUCUGGAAAAACAGCUUUACAUUAUGCAGCGGCGCAGGGCUGCCUUCCGGCUGUGCAGAUACUCUGCGAGCACAAGAGCCCCUUAAACCUCAAGGAUUUGGAUGGGAAUAUACCGCUGCUUCUUGCAGUACAGAAUGGCCACAGUGAGGUCUGUCACUUUCUCUUGGAUCAUGGAGCAGAUGUCAAUUCCAGGGACAAAAAUGGAAGAACUGCUCUCAUGCUGGCUUGCGAGAUUGGCAGCUCUAACAUUGUGGAAGCCUUAAUUAAAAAGGGUGCAGACCUAAACCUUGUAGAUUCUCUUGGACACAAUGCCUUACAUUAUUCCAAACUCUCAGAAAAUGCAGGAAUUCAAAGCCUUGUAUUAUCAAAAAUCUCUCAGGAUGCUGAUUUAAAGACUCCAACAAAACCAAAGCAGCAUGACCAAGUCUCUAAAAUAAGCUCAGAAAGAAGUGGAACUCCAAAAAAACGCAAAGCUCCACCACCUCCUAUCAGUCCUACCCAGUUGAGUGAUGUAUCUUCUCCAAGAUCGAUAACUUCAACUCCACUUUCAGGAAAGGAAUCGGUAUUUUUUGCUGAACCACCUUUCAAGCAGGCUGAGAUCAGUUCUAUACGAGAAAACAAAGACAGACUAAGUGAUAGUACUACAGGUGCUGAUAGCUUAUUGGAUAUAAGUUCUGAAGCUGACCAACAAGAUCUUCUUGUCCUAUUACAAGCAAAAGUUGCUUCCCUCACCUUACACAAUAAGGAGCUACAAGAUAAAUUACAAGCCAAAUCACCCAAGGAGGCAGAAGCAGACCUAAGUUUUGACUCUUACCAUUCCACCCAAACUGACUUAGUCCCAUCCCUGGGAAAACCUAGUGAAACCUCUCCAGACUCCAAAUCUCCUCCAUCUGUCUUAACACAUUCCUUGGGUAAAGCCACUAAUGACAGUGAUGUCAAAAUUCAGCAAUUACAAGAGAUUUUGCAAGACUUUCAGAAAAGAUUGGAGAGCUCUGAAGCAGAGAGGAAACAGCUACAGGCCCAACUCCAGUCUCGCAGGACAGAACUAGUGUGCUUAAACAACACAGAGAUUUCAGAGAAUGGCUCCGAUCUCAGCCAAAAACUUAAAGAGACUCAGAGCAAGUAUGAGGAGGCCAUGAAAGAGGUCCUUAGUGUGCAAAAGCAGAUGAAACUUGGUUUGGUCUCACCCGAGAGCGUGGAUAAUUACUCACAUCUGCGUGAGCUGAGGGUCUCUGAGGAAGAAAUAGACGUGCUAAAGCAGGAACUGCAGAAUGCAUUAGAAGAAAGUAAAAGAAAUAAAGAGAAAGUGAGAGAGUUAGAAGAAAAACUUGUAGAGAGGGAGAAAAGUGUGGAGAGUAAGCCACCUGUGGCAGAGUAUGAGGAAAUGAAAAAUUCAUAUUGCUCUGUUAUUGAGAAUAUGAAUAAGGAGAAAACAUUUUUAUAUGAGAAAUACCAAGAGGCACAAGAAGAAAUCAUGAAAUUGAAAGACACACUAAAAAGUCAGAUGACACAGGAAGCCAAUGAUGAAGCUGGGGACAUGAAGGAGGCCAUGAACAGAAUGAUAGAUGAACUCAAUAAACAGGUGAGUGAGCUGUCACAGCUGUACAAAGAAGCCCAGGCUGAGCUAGAGGAUUAUAGGAAGAGGAAGUCUCUAGAGGAUGUAACUGCUGAAUACAUCCAUAAAGCAGAGCAUGAAAAACUCAUGCAAAUGACAAAUAUAUCCAGGGCUAAAGCAGAAGAGGCACUGUCUGAAAUGAAGUCUCAGUAUUCAAAAGUGUUGAAUGAAGUGACCCAGCUCAAGCAAUUGGUAGAUGAACAGAAAGAGAACUCGGUCUCAAUCACAGAACAUUUACAAGUGAUAACCACACUACGGACUACUGUAAAAGAGAUGGAAGAAAAAAUAAGCAGUCUUAAAGAGCACCUUGCGAGCAAGGAAGUGGAAGUAGCAAGGCUGGAAAAACAACUCCUAGAGGAGAAAGCUGCAAUGACUGAUGCCAUGGUACCCAGAUCCUCCUAUGAAAAGCUCCAGUUGUCCUUAGAGAGUGAAGUGAAUGCACUGGCACUGAAAUUAAAGGAGUCAGUAAAAGAAAAAGAGAAGGUCCAUUUGGAGGUUGCCCAGAUUAGAAGUGAGGCCUCACAAGUGAAAAGGGAAAAGGAAAAUAUUCAGACUCUUUUGAAAUCUAAAGAGCAAGAAGUAAGUGAACUUCUGCAAAAAUUCCAACAAGCUCAGGAAGAACUUGCAGAAAUGAAAAGAUACUCUGAGAGCUCUUCAAAACUGGAAGAGGAUAAAGACAAAAAGAUAAAUGAGAUGUCAAAGGAAGUCAUCAAGUUGAAGGAGGCUCUGAACAGCCUCUCACAGCUCUCCUACGCAACAAGCUCAUCCAAAAGACAGAGUCAGCAGCUGGAAGCACUGCAGCAGCAGGUCAAACAGCUACAGAACCAGCUGGCUGAAUGCAAGAAACAACACCAGGAGGUUGUAUCAGUUUACAGAAUGCAUCUCCUCUACGCUGUGCAGGGCCAGAUGGAUGAAGAUGUCCAGAAAGUACUGAAGCAAAUUCUCACCAUGUGUAAAAACCAGACCCAGAAGAAGUAAAGUGGACUCUUUGGCAAAACACUGCCCUCUUGUUGUCCAUCUUUGUGUUAGAUUCAGAGUUGUUGGCAACCACUGCCAUUGUUGUCAUUUGUGGACUGCACUGUGACCUGGCAUAGCUUCUUCCCAUUCCAAAGUUUUCUGAGGAUUGGUCUCAGGAGAAGGCUGCCUUCCUGAGAACUGCUUAGAGACUUCAGAUCAGCAGAGGUGAAAAUUAUCAUUAUCCCUUCUUCAGAAUCCAGAGUUGGGAUCAGCCAUGCCCAGGGUCUGGUCCUGAUGCUGGCAGGUGGGCACCAGUGAGUGAUACGCUGAGGCUCCACACAGUGAAUGCUACAUCAAUUCCUGCCCUCAGGCUGUGCCAUUCAGCCCAGAAGAGUUCUGCCUGCCUUUGGCUUUCAAUCCCAGUACAUAAUUUAAUUUCUCACCAAAUUAGUAUGGCACUAGUUAUUAAGUGCUUGCUUAAGACCUUUUACCAUGUUAUCCUGUGGAUUUAAAAAUUCUGAUUCCAUCUUUCCCCCAUCUGCCUUAUAUAUCUCAUCACUCUUCUUAUCAAUUUAUAGUUCAGUGAGCACUAUUAACCAAAAUAUGGAGUUUGAAAACAAAAGCUAAUUGUCCUUAAAAGUUUUAAGGAAAUCAAUGCAUUGCAGAUUUUCUAUGCAAACUUGCCUCCUGCUAUUAUCCGUGAAGCUCAGGAAAUCCAAACAUUUGUGUUUCAACAAGGGACAGUAAACUGUAUGUUUACAGCCAAAAGAAAUGCCUCAUAGUUCUUAACCUCAAUUUUUUUAAAGUGUUUUUUUCUUUGUAAUAUUUUUAUUGGCUCUUAAAAAUGUUUUCAUAUCUAAACCCCUAAAUAAAUGAAAUUACAUUAGAUUAUAUUAACAACAAACUAUUUUUUAGGUAACCAUGCUUAAGACUUUUUAAAAAUGUAACUUUUUCCUCAAAGUUCUCAGCUAUAGCAAAAAGUAGUUAUAUAUUCCAGACUUAAUAUCAGCUGCCACCACUACCCCUAGGACUUUCUGCCAUUGUGUCCUCAGAAGUGUAGAGCGUUUCUGAAUAUACUAAUCCUCCUUUUACCCGUUGACUAUUUCUGAAUGUCCUAACUACCAGUGCCCAUAAAUUAUCUGUGGAAGGACUGUUAGUACCAGUUUUUCAACUUUGAAACUAUAAAUCUUGAUAUGGUAAUAUUAUGGUGCAUAGCAAAGGUCUUGGGAAAAAAUAUUUCUGUAAACUUUACUUUCAGGUUAAAAAUGUUUCUAACUUGUUUGCAGCUUCCUUAAGGCAUUGAUCAUAUUGAGGGAGAUAAACAAUAAAGAAUUCUCCAAAGUAUAUUACUAAAAGUCUAGACCUGCUCUGACAGGGCCCACUUACUGCAGGGCUGCCUGGGCUCAGAGGGCAAUGGAUGAUAUGUUUAUCUGUUAUUGGAUGAGGACUGACAACAGCAAAGCAAAAAUGGCUUUAAAGCUUGGUGUUACUUUUCUUAAGUUGUUUCAUUACAGUUAAAGCAAUUUCAAAAAUGCUCCAAAGAAAUGUGAAAAGGCUUUUUGUCACAGCACUUAAGAAAAUACAAAACAACGCUCCUCCUGCCCCCACAAAGAAAUGCUGCAGAGUAUAAAACUCAAGACAUUUUGUAGGAUGCCUGAUGAAGUGUAGCCUUUUAUCUUGUUUCAGGAUACAUAUUUAUUACAAGUACUCUGGUUAAAUAUUGAACGUUAUAUGCUGUAGUUUAGCAUUUUUUCUUUGUAAUUUACAGAAGUUAUUGCAGAAAAUAAACUCGUUUCAUUUUGCA